UAACCAAAACAAACAGAAUACGCGUACUAUCAUUAUUUCUACACUACUUAUUAUUUUUCUUAUAUGAUUAUUAAGUUGUACAACUAAUCAAUGUUACAUAUUCUUAUUUCGCUAUAACUGAUAAGAAAUAUAUCAAAAUGAUCUUAUCUCGGAUGAAACCAGCUGUUGGAGCUGGACCAUCAGACCAACAAAGUAAUUCAAAACAGGUUCCAACUUUAGAGGAAUUUCUCGAGAGACGUGACUAUACUGGAGCUAUAACUAUUUUGGAAUUUGAUCAGAGCAGUGGAAAAGGUACAGAAAUGACAAACCGUUGGCUAGGCUACUGUGCGUUCCAUCUUGGAGAUUACCAACGAGCUCUGACCAUCUACCAGUUCCUCAGUCGGUCCAAGGAUGCUCCUGAGGAUUUGCAGACUAAUCUUGCUUGCUGUUACUUCUUUCUCGGAAUGUACCCACAAAGCGAAAAGAUUCUAGACUCAGCUCCAGCAAGUCGCCUGAAGACUCGUCUUUUGUUUCAUCUAGCACACAAACUGGGUGAUGAGAAGAAGUUGAUGGAGCAUCACCAGCAGCUGCAAGAUGUGAUAGAGGACCAACUGUCCUUGGCCAGCAUACACUACCUACGAUCGCACUACCAAGAGGCCAUCGACAUCUACAAACGCAUCCUGCUUGAUAACAGUGGCAUACUAUUCCCCAAACAAUUUCCACUCAAGAAGAGAGUUUCUCAGGAUGAUAUCCAGUUACUAUCCGUUCUUCGUAGUUUAAAGGAGUACCUGGCCCUGAACGUGUAUGUGGCUCUUUGCUACUACAAGCUGGAUUAUUAUGACGUGUCACAAGAAGUAUUGGCAGUUUACCUGCAGAAAUACCCGGACUCAGCCAUUGCCAUCAACCUCAAGGCUUGCAACCACUUCCGGCUGUACAACGGCAAGGCUGCAGAGACUGAGAUCAAGACGCUUAUGGAUCAGAGUUCGUCUUCGUUCAGUUUUGGCCACGACCUGAUCCGACACAACAUUGUGGUGUUUCGAGGAGGGACUGCAGCCUUACAGGUGCUGCCACCUCUAGUAGACGUCAUUCCUGAGGCUAGGCUGAAUCUUGUAAUCUAUCACUUGAAGCAGGAAGAAUACAAAGAGGCGUUUCUAUUGGUUAAAAGAUCUUGA